CAUUUUAUAUUUUUCUUUAUUUACUUUUAAUCUUUUGUAAUCCCUCGAAGACGAGUCGAAGUUUCACGAUGCAAGUGUUUCAUUUAAAACAUUCGAUGUGCAUUCGAAUGCUCGAUUAUCCGAAUAAAACGAAGCGAUCUUGGUGUAGACGUAAUAUGUAAGAUCGAUUGGUAACGAUACGAUACGGGAUUCGUAAUCCAUAAGAUAUAGGACAUAGGCUGCUUGCCUAGUUCGCAUCUUUAAUCCCACUCUUCUUCACCGUCACCGAGCACCGAUACACCACCGUGACAUAGUUAUAUACCGAUUCUCCUUGUAAAUCUUGCCGCUUGCACUAAACCAUGAUCCACAAACGCGGAUGAGUCUCGGUAUAUAUAAACCGGAUUAGAGACCAAAGUUUGUCAUUCACUCAUCGCUACCCCAUCCUGACAGAGAGGUUCUCUCUCAGGGAGAGCCUUAGGAGUAUCGACGUGUUCUUAAAACACCCUUGAAAAAGUAAACACUCUUGAGAAGACUUCAUCGUUUUCCUCCAAAAGGGGAAAACGAAAGAUACUCCAUCGAGCUUGUCUUCCACGGAUCCAUACGUGUUCAACGCGGAUUUAUACGUUACCAUAAAAAUGUUCAAGUUUGUGUUAGCGACCAUCAUCAUAGGUCUGGCUUUGGCACGGCCAGAGCCUCCUGUAAACUCUUAUUUGCCUCCUGGUGCUAAUGGCGGUCAUGGAGGUGGUUUUGGUGGGCCUUCCAGCGAAUACGGUCCACCAGGAUUUGGCGGAGGAAACGGCGGAGGAAACGGUAGGGGGAACGGAAGACCACCGAGUAGUAGCUACGGUGCUCCUGGUGGUGGAAAUGGAUUCGGUGGAGGCAACGGCAACGGCAACGGCAACGGCAAUGGAAGGCCAUCGAGUAGUUACGGAGCACCUGGAGGUGGUGGAAAUGGAUUUGGCGGAGGUUCGGGAAACGGGAGACCUUCCAGCAAUUAUGGGGCUCCUGGAGCUAACGGGAACGGAUUUGGUGGAAACGGCAAUGGAAGACCAUCGAGUAGCUACGGAGCACCUGGAAGUGGAAAUGGAUUUGGUGGAGGUUCAGGAAAUGGGAAGCCUUCUAACAGUUAUGGCGCUCCAGGAGCUAACGGAAACGGAUUCGGUGGAAACGGCAAUGGAAGACCAUCUAGUAGUUAUGGAGCACCUGGUGGAGGCAACGGAUUCGGCGGAGCCAACGGAUUCGGCGGAGGCAACGGCAAUGGAAGACCAUCAAGCAGUUACGGAGCACCUGGAGGUGGGAACGGCGGUGGAUUAGGAAACGGAAGGCCUUCUAGCAGUUACGGAGCUCCCGGAGGUGGAAACGGAUUCGGUGGAGGUCAACCAAGUUCUUCCUACGGUGCUCCUGGUGUUGGUGGCUCUAACGGAGGUAAUGGAGGAGGAGGAGGAGGUUAUGGAGGUGGAAAUGGAGGUUACAACGGCAACGGACAGGAUGAGAGUAACGAACCUGCCAAGUACGAGUUCUCUUAUGAAGUAAAAGACGAUCAAUCUGGAGCUGACUUUGGACAUACAGAAAGUAGAGAUGGCGAUCGUGCUCAAGGCGAAUUUAACGUUUUGCUACCUGACGGUAGAAAACAAAUAGUUGAAUAUGAAGCUGAUCAAGAAGGCUUUAAGCCGCAAAUUAGGUACGAGGGAGAAGCAAACGGCGAAGGAUAUCCUUCCGGUGGACCUGGCGGUAACGGUGGCUAUCCCUCCGGUGGACCUGGCGGUAAUGGCGGUAACGGCGGUUAUUCUUCCGGUGGACCCGGCGGUAAUGGAGGAAACGGUGGAAAUGGAGGCUUUGGACGAUUCAACGGCGGUGGCAACGGUGAUAACGGUGGUGGUUACUCAUCAAAUGGAUUUGGUGGCAGUGGUGGUAAUGGUGGAUAUCCUUCUGGCAGUGGCGGUGAUGCUGCUGCUAAUGGUGGAUAUCAAUAUUAAACGGAUAGUUAAAUAAUCUCGUAUUUUACUUAUAGACAAAAUAAUACACCUUUUAAA